AUGCGCCAGCGAGUGAUUCUCCCCAUCAGGCUUUACGGAUCGUCCUCUAUCACUUUAAAUGAAAGACUAGAGAACUCCGCUCUACGAAGGAGAGUUGGAAAUCCACUGGGGAUUCGACGUUCAAAUGCCCAAAGAACUCCCGUCGCUCUUAGGCUAGGUCAGCAGCUUAAUAAUUCUGCUAGGGGACGGGGACGGCCAAGAAAAGUUGAUCGGCGAGAGUAUGUUGCUCUAUGUGCUUUCAUCUCAAAUGGCAUCGGUUUCUGCACCCAUUCGUCGAACUGUCCCCCUUACCUCUGGUCGGGUAACUUCCGUGGUGGCGGUGGUGGUGGCGGUGGCAGCAGCAGCGUCCGUGGGCGUUCCGUUCUUACCCGUGGACGUGGGGCAUCGCGCGCUCUAGCCAAGCGUCGAGGAACGCGUCGCUUUAAUCGAGGUGCAGCUGCAAAUCCACAACAAAUGCGUGCUGAUCUUGACAAGGAGCUAAAUGAGUACAUGGGUGUCACCUUCCCUAUCUUUUCUCUAUUUAUCGUUACCCAUUUUGCCCUUGUGGCUUUUGCUAAGAAGUUUAGACGAUUGGAUACAAUGAAGUGGUGUGCUUCGACUUGA